AUGCUGCACCAAUCUUUUAUCCUGAUUUUGAUCCUGCUGAUUGCAGUCUGUUGUUUCUCGGCGGAAUUGCCUGGAAAUGCCUACUUGCCACCGCUAAGGAAGAAUCAUCCAGUUCCAGAUGAAACCCUACUGGUGGAAAAUGGAUUUCUCUUUGAUAUUGACCAGGAUUCAUUUGUGAGAUAUGCCCCCAUCUUUGUGGACUAUCCGGGAAUUCAUCCACUUCUACGGCAGCAACAGGAAUACGCUUUAGAUCUGCCCUUCUAA